AUGGAAGAAGUUACAGGGAUCCCAGGCGGCGUCCCGCCGCUGGCAACAUAUCCCCGACCCAACGUCAAAUCGACUCUACCAUCCACCGAGUGGGAAGUGUGUCUCGAUUCCUGGCUCUUCAGUCUUGAAUAUCGUCUGCGACUCGCAGAUGAGCAAUUUCAGAAAUUCAAGUUGUCGCAGGGGCCGAGUGGUGUUCAUUUCCUGGUUUCCCUAUAUUGCUCAGCCUUGGAGGGUUCCCAUAUAUCGCCAUCACCGGUGGCUCAGAAGGAGCGUCUGUUGCUUAAGCGAGCGUAUCUGCUACUCAGGAGGCUUCUCCUGGUGACCCAAACACCUUUUGAAUACGAUAGCGCAAACCUGAUUGAUUUACUAGGCCUUGCGAGCCAGGUCUACUCAGCAGUCGGAGAUUGGAAAGCCACACUCAGUGCUCUGUGGAAGCGGGAUAAAGUCCAACUGUCCUCCGCGGUGGACGGCUGGAAGAAGACAGCGUUGACCGAUCUAAGUGCACAGCUAGAGUCGUCUAAGCUUUUAAACACAUACAAGCGUCUCAAUCUGUUGGUCAAGGCUUCACCCGAGGUAGGCCUUGUCCUCAUGACAGGAUCAGACUACCUCGAAUCCCUCAUGGAAGCCUAUGAUCGCACACAAUCGAUACCGAACCCGGCUACAGUACAGAAAGUGUUGACUGAACAUAUCUUCUACUGUUUUCGAAGUCUCAUGUCCGAUGGUUCUCGUCAUGGAUCGAUGCUCUUGGAUCAUCUCUAUCAUAUGAAGUCCGAGUCUGAACGGCUGGCGAAGGCUCAGUUACAUGCGCGAACACUUUGUUCAAGUUUGAUUUGCACAACUUCUCUCCUCAGACACUUGGCUGCAGAUGAUGCGGUAAGCGGUGGUAAACGUGGCCAAGACUUGCUAGAAUUUUUCACAAAUUAUCGUCAGAAUAACAUCCACCUUCAUCCACCUCUCGCGCCCAGAAGACGCAAAGUGUCAAAGGGAAAAGGAAAGGCAAACGCGGCCGAGGAGAUGCAUAUGCACAAAGCUUCCCAGAUAUCACAGGUUCACGAACUAUUUCCUGAUCUGUCCAAUCACUACAUUCUUAACCUGCUCGAUCACUUGAACGAUGACACAGAGGCAGUCAUUGCCGCCCUUCUUGAACCUGGCUCGUUGCCGGCAAACCUACGAGAUCCACAGGUAACUCAAGGACAAGCUGAGUCCUACGAUGGACCUGCCCACGAUCUCGCGCCACACACGACACCACCGCUCUUGCCUCGACGGAAGAAUGUUUUCGAUGGGGACGAUUUUGAUAAUCUGAGAAUAUCAAGGUCUCGAUUGCAAAAAGGCCGAAAAGAUAUCAAUGUCGAUCAACCUCAGGAUGCCAAUUCUCACAACCGCAGCAAAGCUGCGAUUCUGGCCGCGUUGGCUGCAUUUGAUUCGGAUGAUGAUGAAAGGGAUGACAGUUAUGAUGUGGCUGACGUUGGAGGAACAGUCGAUUCAACAAUUGACACGGAUAGCAGACCGCGUCCAGACAACGCACCAGAGCAGGACGCCCACGAGGAGCUUAUGUUCAAGGCUUGGAAGGCAAACGAAGAGGUCUUUGGGCGUGAUAGUAAGACCCGUGUCUCCAAAGUGCGACAAGACUUGAAACGGGAAACGGGAAUGAGUGACGAACAAAUCGAAGGUUGGGCUAUCAUGUUAAAGAAAGAUGCUAGGCUACAAGAGCGCUUGGAAAAGAGAUACUCUGUUUCGAGAACCCACGGUGGCAAUCAACCUGCUCUCGCCACCUCGCGAUGGCAAGGUGAAACGCCAGAGGAUAGUGAAGAAGGGGAAUCGGCCAAUGCUGGCCAUCGUGUGGGGCAGGCCCAGAUACGUGGUAAUCGUAACUGGGGUCGCGGCCGAGGAGGGAGCACUACUGGUCCUGCUGGUGACUCUUCUACCCAAGCGGCAAGGAGAAAAAAGGAACAAGGGAAAGGUCGAGGGGGAGCAAGUCACAAUCGCAGGGAAGGUAGAGCACGAAAGAUGGGCAGAGGUAUGGCCGGUCCUCCAGCACAGUAG